CACACGAUACUGUCAAACAUUCAGUCUUUCUUACGUCUGCACUAUCAACAAACAUGAAUUAUAUUGAAAACUUGAUGAUAUUUUUUAGUAAUCUUUCUACAUUUUAUAUCUUCAGUAUAGCAACUUCUGUGGCAGUCGUUGUUUUAACUAUUUACAUAGGUAUCGUAACCCGACUUACGAACGGUGCUAGUGUGACAGAGGAAAGCACUUCACAGCACCGAACAGAGUCAAUACAGUCGAACGAUUCCGAAACCGACGAAAACAGUGAAGACGAAGACGUGAAAAUUGAAUCUGUUCGACAGCUGAAAUCAGCAAAGUUGAAAUCUUUGGAAAAAACACUUACUGACGAACAAAGAGAAGCCGAAAAAGAGAUCGAAAAAGUGCAGCUUGCAGCAAUAUUUGAUCUUCUUAGAAAACAAAACGAAGAGUUUAGUAUAGAUUCUGCCCUAAAUGAAGAUGAACUACAGGAGCAGCUUAGCCUGUAUAGGUGAAAACAAUGUUGAGAGAACCAUAGAAAAAUGGAAUAAUUAUUGUUCAUGAAAAUAAUACUAUAGGUAUCAGAAUUAGUAAUUUAUCUACAAUUUAAUUUGUAGAGAUCCUUAUAAACUUAAAUCUACACGUAUCCAUCCAAUGUAUAUUUAUAAUAUUUACAUAAAAUUGUGUGAAUUAUGCAAUAGGGUUCUAACUAAAUUGAGUCUUGUCCAUUAUAAAAUGUAUUGUUAUGGUAUCCACGGGAAUAUUAGCUACCUACACUUAUUCUACUAACGCUAAUUCUAGUCAAUCCAAUAGAAUGUAGAUAGUUUAAUAAGAAAUAUACCAAAUUUAUGUUGUAUUCAAAUAUACGUGUUGUUUGAAAAAAUAAAAAUCACGAUGAACAUUAAAAAGCAUCACCAAUUAUAUCAGAUCAA